AUGCUUGAAGAGAGAAGAUCAAUACGGUACGCCUUCAUCCUGCUGUGGAACACGCACUUGUCCGGUUGCGGCGGCGACAGCGUCCAAAACCACGACGACGCAGGUGUUGAUACCCUGUGCGUCGCGAUAAGUGAUACGAGCAACGGCAAGGAUGCUGUCGUCCCCAUCUCGCGGCCCGCACGUGGCGCUUCGAGCACGCCGAAGGCCUACCCAUUCUCUCCACCUGUCCGCCGCUCGAUGCACGAGAUUACGGACAAGGAGCGGCUGGCAGCUCAGGAGCGCUUUCUCUUUGGCGACACGCAUUUCCAUGCGAUCCACCAAAAGCAGCAGCCCCAUAACACGGAUCAGCAACACGUUCCAGACCAGAUUGCCGAUACAGCCAAAGUUGCAGCAUCCAAAAACAAGGGUAGUACCAAAGCAGCAACUCCUCGCAGAGCAGCGCAAGAGCGACCCUCGAAUAAAGGGCGCUCGCCGAAGCAACAGAGCCGGCGAGAGACUUAUAAUGACAAAGGCGAUGAAUACAACAACGAGGACUAUUCCGCCGACCACGACGAUAACUUGCCACGACGACAGUCACGCUCACGCACCCGAACUCGCUCAGACUCAGACUCGGAGCGCUCAGCACUAAUCAACCUGUUCAGCGGCACGGCAUGGCUCGUGAUUCUGCUUGGAAGCUAUGCACUCGUCAGCCUCCGCAGCACCUCUUCGGUGCUCCUAUCCAUCCUUUUCCCCGUGUUCAGCCUAGUCGGGCGUGUGACGACUUCGGCGGCGUCGUCAGUAUACGCGUUCACCAAGUCGUGCGUCCUGCACAGUCUCAAGCCGGUCCGCCUGCUGCUGCUCGCGCCUGUCGCGUAUCUACUGCUCGGUCUCUAUUACAUCAUGCUGGAGCUCCCGCUCGCUGCGUUCAUCGUGGUAGGAAAGGAGCUCUACCCACUCUACCUCUUCCUGGGAGCCGCAGUGACGAUCGGGAUCACGCUCGGCACAGGCGCGGGUGUCGUGCUCCUGCUCGGCAGCUUUGUUUUCAAUGAUAGCAGCGCGGUGGAAAAACAGACUUUGAGCAGCCUCGGCAGAGGGGAUGAUGACGACGAGCGAGGCGCGAAAGGGAUGAAAAUUAACGAAAGGGGCACGCGCGUGGAGCCCAGUGACGUCCCCGCGCGUGGUGAGAAAGGCCGUGCGGUCGGUGCGAACAGUGGCAAUGGCAGUCAGCAGCAGAAGCAGAAGCAUCGGCGACGCUCAAGUGGCCGCGGCAAGAGCGUCAUCUCUCAAGCCAUACGCGAGCUAGCCUCGGUGCGGAGGCGAUCCCGCGCCGAAAAUGGAGGGUUUUUGGACGACGACGACGUGUUCGCACGCGACGUGGAAGACGAUCAGGAGGCGGCUUUCGACGUGAAGCUUAGCGCAAGGAGCGGAAUGUGGAGCGAGGACAGCGAAUUCAGCAGUGUCGAUGAUGUCGAUGAUAGGGCUAAGGACGGCAAGGCACACAAUAGCUCGGCGCGAGCUGCACCCGGCCGACCAUACAAGCAACAGCAACAGCAGCCGCCAAGAGCAACAUCGUUCUUUCCAAACAAUGUGAGCGCUCGUCCAUAUCAACAGCAGCCGAGCGGACCGGGUUAUAGCGGCAACGUGAGCACAGCGACAUCGGCGUCGACGUCUCCGCCAGAGAAGAGCCCGCAUGCGAUGCAAGCGGGCGCCUGGCCCGCUGCUUCGCCAAUCCAAGAACGGCUUGGCGGUGGUGCUGGGAGUGGUGGAAGGCUCCCGACCGGCGCUACCGGCCGCGGUGGCUGGAUACAUGAGCAUCCAUAA